AUGGUGCGCAUGAAUGUUCUUGCAGACUGUUUGAAGAGCAUAAUUAACGCAGAAAAGCGAGGAAAAAGACAAGUUCUUAUUAGACCAUCUUCAAAAGUUGUUAUUAGAUUCCUGCGCUUGAUGCAGAAGCAUGGCUACAUUGGAGAGUUCGAAGUCAUAGAUGACCACAGAUCAGGCAAAAUUGUUGUUGACCUUGUUGGGAGACUUAACAAAUGUGGAGUCAUUUCUCCUCGUUUUGACAUUGCUUUGACCGAUAUUGAGCAAGUGGCUACAGAUUUACUCCCUUCAAGACAAUUCGGAUAUGUGGUUUUGACCACAACUUUCGGAAUUUUGGACCAUGAAGAAGCUCGUAAAAGACACACUGGAGGAAAACUUCUGGGAUACUUCUUUUAA